GUCCAAGCACCCAAACCCGAAAGCACCGCAAGGAACAUCUCCAAAACCCAGGCCAGACAGAUCCCCGGGUGCGUGUGAAUUUUAGUGCCACAGCGGGUCGGGUCGAGUCGAGUCGAGUCGCUCCCCGGAACCACCAUGGCAAGCACCGCAGCAGCGAGGAUGUCGGACGCCCGCCGCAGGCGCUUCGUCGUGACCCCCCCGCGAAAAACAAACGGCGCGCCGCCCGCGAAAGCCGGGAGCAAGCUCCGRGAACCACACGCCCACGGACAGCAGGACGUGAUGGACCGCUUCUUUUCCUUUGCCGAGGCGGCCUUUUGCUCCCCCCGGCACUCGGACCUUGCCUCCCUGGCCAAGGAGCCCGUCCCCGAGCCGGACGUUCUGGACUACGUCUUUGAGCACGUCGAAUCCUUCACCUGUGCCGACGACGACGAGCACGAUUACAAGCACGAGCGGCAAGGCGGAAGCCCAUCGAAGGCGUCGGCGAAGAAGCACCUCGAGUACGAAGACUACUACGGCGCCGACGCCUCCCACCACAAGCUGCACCACCAGCAGAACCUCGAGGCCUUUUCCCUGCAGCGGGACAACUCGCUGGUCGAAACCGGGCCCGCCGGGACCCCGCAGAAGCUCGGCCCSCACGCUUCCGCCGCGGAAGCGUCGCCGUCCCCCCACUGCGCCAUGGGCCACGAGGGAGACCUCCUCGACUACUGCUUCGAGACCGUCGAGUCCUACACCUGUGCGGACCACGGCGACGGCCAAACCAGCGAGGCCCUCCGGAAGUCGCGGAAGCAGCAGGCCCUGGAGGCCCGCGCCGAGGCCGCCAUUGCCGCCCAGCUCAAGGCCCGGCAGGACUACCGCGGGAGGAGGAUACGCCAGAGCGCUAGCGGGGACUGGUUGCGGAAGCAGCAGCAGCAGCAACACCGACCGCCACAGCGAGACCACCCGCGAGAACGAGAACGAGACCUCCCCCGUCGCUCGUCGAUUCCCACGGAGAUCUCGACCUACCCAAAGAAGCCCUGGCGAAACCGCAGCAGCGGGAGCAACACCUCUUUCCACAAGAACAUCUCCUUCAACAAAAACUACUACGAGGACCCCUACGACGAGGAGGACAACAUCAUGCUCUACUACCGCCCGAACCAACUCACGUGGCAAUAGCUCCAAACGGCGUGCGGUGCGGUGAGAUGUGGUGCGAUGCGGUGCGGUGUGAUGUGGUGCGAUGCGAUGCGGUGAGAUGUGGUGUGAUGCGGUGUGAUGCAGUCCGACCCAUCUAUGCGGGGCGACUCGAUGCGAAACCCGAGGUCGGCGUUCCGCUGCACCGUUUCGCACGUCGUCGCGUCCGGUGGUGACCCGGAUCGCACAAACCCACAACGAAUCGAAUCGAAUCGAAUCGAAUCGCAAAAGACCAACACCCACACCCACACACGCUUUGGGCACGGGGGGACGACUGGCGCGGAGGGGCGCAAAACCACGCAACGGUUCACYGAUGUUUCUGUUUUCGCAAUGCAAUGAACURCACUGCACCACUACGAACUAGGCUGCGUAUGUCGCAGCCGCAAACACACGCACACUCACGUGCAAUCACACACAACCACAAUCACGAUUACAAUCGCACGACGGGAAGASAACUUGCUUCGUGGCAAGGGGUUCUGCUGCACGUUUCGGAAGGCGUGGUCCGGAGCGAAUCGAAGGAGAAAACGGAAUGGCAUCGCUGCAUCGGGGGGUUAGAAAGGAAAGAGAGGAGCAAACAAACCAAACGAACCAAACAAUCCGGAAUGGCACCGAAUCCAAUAGAGUCGAAUCAAACAACGCUUGCUCCGCUGUCGUUUGCGGGGAACGAACGUCGAUGUGAUGUGGUAUAUACUAGCUUGAGUAUUACUGUACUUCUCAUCAUAACAAGCACAUCAAACCAUGAUUGACAGGUGAACAAACGCAAACUAUAAUAAGAUUAAAAGCAAUAACGCAACUAUGUUACAUGUCUUGACACAAUUGCAUCCACUCACCGCCACUGCAACCCCUAAACAACGCGUCGAACGCGGAUGCGCUGUGGUGUUUGCCAGAGUCAGAACAGGCGCACAGAGUCGCAAGAAGUGUCGUCCUGCCGAAUACACGAGCUGRAUUCUGCAACGGCUUCCAUCGUCGCUUGCUGCGACGGCGAGAACGAUGCUGCUACCGCCGCACGGUAUGUUGGUGGAGACCGAGGGACGCUAACACGGACUGCCUUUUGCCCAAACAACAAACUUGGCCGAUCCAGCCACAAACGUGCCCGCUUUCUUCCCCAGCGCACUCGUCCUAGUUUUGCCAAUGCCGUUGCGGUUGCAACCGUGGCCUGGCAUCCACGCUGCUUUCGCGGGCCUCCUGCUCCCGGUGCGGACUCGACCGACGAAGCGUCCCAACCCAUCGACACCCUUGCCACGGAUGCAACCUUGUUCGGCGUUGCGUUCCUCUCCGGUAGUCCAGUUUCUGCGGGCAUUUGUAGAUCUUCGGUUGGUACGUUUUUUUCACCUCGGCUGAGUGGUUGUACCACGGAUGAAGAAAGGUUUCAUCAAGAGUGAGGCUGUGGAGGGUUUAGAGCCUGGAGGAGUAUCAACUGCCCAUGAUGGAGCCUCUGCAGGAGCUUCAAUUACUCUUGUUGGAGACGCAUCUACCACUGGAGAUGGUGGAGAAGAAGAACAACAGGAGCAGGGGGAUUUCGCUGCUGUAGCUUGUUCCUCCAGCAAUUUGACCCCUUCUCUUGUUGAAUCAGCCCCAAGGAAGAGAUUUUAUCAGCAACAGAGGAAAUCCAGUGUUCCUGACGCUGCUGCAUUCAAUGAAUGCAUUAAGAGCCAGGAAAAAAGGAGAGGAAAGAAUAGACAAAGAGAAUUGUG